AUGAACAAGAGUAAUAAGAGUAACAAGAGUAUAGCAUUCCUUUUCCUUUCUAGCAAUCAUCUUUUUCACAUCUGCAACUUUGCUACCAUGGCUACAUUCGUUACACAUCAAAUCAUGGGCACUGCCCUUCAAACUACCGACAGGUAUAAAGACUUGCAAGCGCGAGGUAUUGGUUCCUCUGGAGUGAUAUGCUCGGCGCGUGAUUCAAUGGCCAACCAAAUCGUUGCCAUAAAAAAGAUAAAGAAUCCCUUUGAGCAUCCUGCUUUGAUCAAGCGCACGUAUCGUGAGAUUCAUUUAAUGACAAAUUUAAAGCAUGAUAAUUUGAUCAACUUGACAGAUAUCUUCAUUUCACCGGCGGAAGAUCUUUAUCUUGUGAUGGACUGCUGUAUGACAGAUCUUCAUCAUUUGAUCCGAACAGCGUCGAAGCCAUUGGAGACCAAGUUCAUCCAGUUCUUCGCCUAUCAAUUAUUGCGAGGGUUGAAAUACAUCCACUCUGCUGGUGUGAUCCAUCGUGAUCUCAAACCUAGCAACAUUUUAGUCAACGAAAACUGCGACUUGAAGAUUUGCGACUUUGGUCUAGCCCGAGAACAAGAUCAUCAAAUGACUGGUUAUGUCUCCACACGAUACUAUCGUGCUCCAGAGAUCAUGUUGACUUGGCAGAGAUACAGUUACGCGGUGGAUAUUUGGAGUACUGGUUGCAUCGUGGCAGAGAUGCUCCUAGGGAAAGUUCUUUUGCCGGGCAAAGACAACAUGCAUCAGUUCAGACUGAUCACUGAGAUGUUUGGGAAGCCACCCAAAGAGAUUAUGGAGACGGUUUACAGCGAAACUACGAUGAAGUUUGUGAACUCUCUACCUAAAACAAAACCCCGGCCACUUGCAGCUGUUCUGGGAGAUGUUGACCCUGCAGCUAUUGAUCUCUUAAAGAAAAUGCUUAAUCUAGACCCACAAAAGAGAAUCACAGCGACAGAUGCCCUAACCCAUCCAUACGUUUCGGCCUAUCACGAUUCUACCGACGAACCCGAGUGCCAGAAAGAAAUUGAUUGGUCUCUAUUAGAUUCAGAAAUGACCGCAGAUGAAUGGAAGAGCAAAAUGUAUUCCGAGAUUCUGAAUUAUCACCAUGGCUCUUACAACUGGGAAGAUAAUGAUCCCAAAGCCCACGAGGGAAAUUUUGAGCAUUGGCUGCAAAAGGAGAUGAUGGUGGACACAUAUUAG